AUGUAUAUUGCCUUCAUAUAGUUCGAUUUUUACGCAUUACAAAAAUUUAAGUAAAAUCGAAUAAAAACGACAAUUAGUUUAAUUGUGGUUAUUGAAGAUUUGUAAAAGAUUAGGCUGUAUAGUGUAAUGCUCUAUCGCUAUGAGAAACAGUAUAGUGACAAGCUAGGUAACAAAAUAAAACUUACCGUCAUUAUAGAACUGUCAAAAACAUAUGUUAAAUUUCUUUCACAUCCAAUUUAUCUAAGAAAUUAAUUUAUUAUACAUACGAACUUACAAAAAAAAUAUAUAUUAAAACCAAAUUAUGUCGGAAGAAACGAAGAGAAACUCAAAUAAAGGUAAAUCUGAUGCGAAAGAGCAGAGAAAAAAACGACAGGGUCGGCAACAUCCUACCCCUGUUGAGAAAAAAGUUGAAAAAGCACCGGAUAUACCAAAAGUUGCAGAACCAGAUAAACCAACAUAUGAACCACCUGGACCAGAAUUUUACCAGAGCCUAAAGAGAGAAACGGAUGAGAUAUUAAAAAUUACUGAAGAAGCCAAUUCAAAAUAUAAGAAAAAAGAAAUUCAAAGCAAUUGGGCUAAGUAUGAGAUGCCAAUAGAGACAUAUGAAGAUAUCAAUGAACAAGAAAACUUGGGUGCUGACUAUGAAGCCCUAAUUCAAGCAUAUUUUUCAGUAGGAGGACACUUUCAAUUUAAACAUGAAAAAUCAUGGGAUAUAAGUUCUGGUCCUACACCUUUUGAUAAGUAUUUUCAUAUUAAUAUGGAAAAUCUCAAUGUAGCUCUCUCAACUAUACCAUUUUAUGAAAGAAAUAACAUUGAUAUAUCAUUAUUUAGUGAAAGUGACAUCCAAAGUAUGGAUCAAAGGGCUACCAAAUUUAAACAAAAGUACUAUAACGAUAAAAAGUACACAACGCCUGAAUUAGAAGCUCAAGAAAAAAUAUUGAAGAGCUUAACAAAAUCUGAUAAUAUUGUUGAAAGUGGAAAAAAUAUGGAAGAAGAUGAAUCAAAAACUAUGAAUUUAAAAAAUGAUUAUAAUGAAUUAAAAUACAUUAGUCCUGAACAUUAUGAAGCAAUUAACAUUUUCAGUAACAAAACUGUGAUAGAUUCGAAACCUAACAAUAUAAAAGAAAAUUUAGAUGAAAACAUUAUAUGUCCUGAUUCACAUAAAAAUGUAAUCCCAAUAAGUAAAAUACAGGAAAAUGUUGCUACUAUUAUACAAGAGACGGAAGAAAUAAAUGCUAUCUCUUUAAAAAAGAACUGUCAAGAUUAUAAAGUGGUAGAUAGUGACUUUGAUAAUUUACAAAAUGAUAUUGUUGACCAAGAAAUAAAUAAAGUUAAACCAGAAACUACCUUCAAGAAAGUUAAUGCUGUACUAAAAGAAAUAGAACUACCCACAGCACCAAACGAUCAUCCAAUAAGCACUCUAAAAGAACCACCAAAAAGUCCAAUCAUUGAAUCAGCUGAAGAUCUUGAGAAGUGGCUCGACGAUUUCUUGGACGGUUGAAUUAUGUUGUCAUGUUUUAUAUUGUCAUGUUUUUAUUAUGUCUAAGAAAUUAACGUAAAAUUUAACAAUAUAAAUAACAAUAGAUAAUUAAUCAUUAUGUAUUUACUUCUUUAUUUAUCCUUAAUCAGAAUUACUUAUAUAAGUUUAGAUAAAAAUUACAGAUUCUUAAUUUUUUAAACGUGGGUAGAUGUAUUGUAAGAAAUUAGAUUGGAGUACAUUGAUGUAUUUAGAAAAAUAAAGAAAAUUAAAUAAUUGUAUUUAAUUUAAAUAAACACACGAUAAUCGGAUGACUAACUUGAUCUAUUACCAAUCGUUUCUAUCGUGUUAAAUAAAUAUAGAAUAUCAUUAAUAUUUAAUUAAGCGUACGUUAUUUUCUAACUACUCUUUAUUAACUUUUAUAAUUUUAGAAAAUAGUAAGGGGCAUUAAAAGUAAAUCAAUAAUACUACAAAAAAAAAAACUUUGGAAGUAGAAAGUUAAUAAACAUUUAUCAUAAA